AUGGCGACCCCGUCAUCGAAGCCGAACCCAGGCGCAACACCCACCCAUCUCACCUCGUCUCCUCGGCAUUCUGGACCCAUGACUAGGCCUAUAUCUCAUAAAUCACCGGCUACGCGGACGCCAUCAGCCUCGGGACACGGUCACAAUUACCAGCCGACUUCGUCGUCGCAUCAGUAUGCCACACCUCUUGCCGCAACUACCGGAACCGACGAUCCUGUUACGUUCAGCUCCCCGUCGGCACUUCUAGCGCUCGGUGGCUAUAACGGGAUUAGCCAAUCUCCGGCAGGUCACGAUGGCUUGGUUGCUUCUGGCAUGAAUGAGAGUGACAUCCAGGCCUUGGGGAUGCAAGGUCUUAAGCUCGGAAAUGCGCGAGACAGUGACGAAGAGCGGAGAAGACACAUUGAAGAUGUCGUCCAACUUUUACGGACUCGAGUCGCAGGGAGAGGGGUAUGCAGAGAGGGGGUUGAACGAUUAGGCCAACUUGAAGGGUUCGAGUCUAUUUGGCAGGAGGACAGUCUCAACAUUGCAGGCAACUUUGUCGACCUUGAAAUCGAGUUUCACCGGGGUCAGAAUACAGUGAAAGAUGUGAGCUUGAAAUAUGCGACUCCCGAUGCCGCGGACGGUGAACGUCGAGAAGAGGCUACGGCUGUUUUAACGCGUGAACUGAUUCAGUCUCCUGAGGAAGGCGAACGAGGCUCCUGGAAGUCUUUAGCAGGAUUUCAUGAGAAUCUACAAUGGCUUGCCAAACAUGACCGACUCAGCCAAGAAGUGAACUGUUUUGAGGCAAUCGAGGGCCUCUAUGAAAGCCUGAGGCGGGUAUGGGACGAAGAAGGGAACCGUCGUCAAUUUUCCGGGGUUUAUGGUCAUAUCUGCAGUGGUUGGGUCGGCCGUCCUUGUCUGCACAAGAAAGGGCGCAUCGGUCUCAGCUUGGACUACUGGGUGCAACAAGCGCAGGUUCAGGAUGCAAAGAAAGACAAGCCAUCUGCUGAUGACAUGAUGGUCGAUCAACCAUCCGCACAGCCCCUUGAUGAAGCAUCUACCAACCAGAAUGGUAGAUGGAGUAUUAUUGUUGAGUGCGAGGAGGGCUAUCCGUCUCUGCGGGUGUCGAAGGAAUGGGUGGGCGCAGAAGCUAUGACAGUUGUUAACAAUACCACGAAUGGGCCGUCAUCAAUAGAGGCCGCUGCAUCCGAUGUUAUAGUCGUGAAUUGGGCCGACCCACCUGAAACCUUCAGCUCCGUGACUCAGAAUCAUUCUGAUGCGAUGGCUCUGGAUGCUGGUAUGUUAGGUUCCUCUCAGCCUAAUCGCCGGUUUGUUGCCCGUAUGGAGCCUCCUCUUGAUCUCCCGAUUCUUGCAGCUUCAGACAUAUACAGACACCUGGGCCUCCAAAUGCCUCAGGAAUUUAAAAUGGUCACCUACGAUGGGUUAUUGGCUCCGGGAUGGUCACCUUUGUCGGCAGCAGGAGCUAUGGGCCUUGGUCCCGAGGAGGCAUCUCAGCUUAGUCGGAAGAAGCGCACGAUGUCCGUUCAGGCAGUUGACAUGCAAGGCAAGCCAAGUGCUAAACAGCACAGCUACACUUUCCAGCCGUUUGAGUCUGUUGCUGGUCGGACAAUACGUGACAUUCCUUUUGCCCACCCUCGCCAACUUGCAGACAUUCUUCCUAUUUUGCGCCAAUAUGCGUUCCUUGCAAAUAUGAUUCGUAAUAUCUUCAAUCCCCCAUCAAAGAAUGACUACAACGGGAAGAAUUCUCAAGCAGAUGCGCCGGCUACUACGUCCAUUGAUCAACUGCAAUUUCCCAAGCCAGGCAAGUCAGGAGGAAAAGGACGCCUUAUCAUCUUGAGCAACGAAGAUCCCAAUGAAAUGAAGCUUGAUUUGUUAUUGAAAGGAUCUGGUAAGGCAAAUGGCUCCAUGAAUAAUAGCAAGGGAAAGGGUCCGCAGGCGCAAUUUAACUCUACCGGGGACAAUUCUGUACCCGACGACGAAGUUAAUGUGGAUGUAACGCUGCGAACACAGCUUGGGCAAGCGCCUGUUAUUAUGCUACUUUUCACAGUCGAUAACACGAGGCCGGACAUGCCCGUGUCGCCUAUUAGAAGGCCUGUGCUGUGCAAGGUGUCGAUCAGUCUGGAGAUUGGGUUAAACGGCCGCGUAUCGGUGGUGGAUAUGACAGGGUUGUUGGAUGACGAGACCCCUGUACCUGCAGAUGGCAUGGAGAUGGAAGGCCCAAAGAACGAAGUGUCUGAGCUGCAGACCAAAAUAGCCAAGGUGUUGGAGGCCUCUCAGGACAUUGGCAUAUUGGUCGAAUGGAUCCUACGAUGGGUACGACAACGAAACAGCCGAUGA